AUGCUUUUUAAGAAAAAUCUUAAUAAUUUAUUUUUGUUAAAUUCAGCAAAUAUUAUUUUUUCAUUAAAAAAAUAUAAAUUUAUAAAUAAUUUGUAUUAUUUUUCAUCAACAUAUUUAUUGGAAGAAGAUGUAGGAAUUAAUCAUUUCAUGAGCGAUUUUCUAGAAAUAAAUAAAAGUAAAAAAUGGGAUUUAAAAAAUAAAAAUAGCCUUGAUUGUGUAUUCAAAUAUAAAUGUGAAGAUUUUCAUGUAUAUGAAAUCGACAAAAACAACAAUAUAUUAAAUGUAAAAUUUGCUAAAAAAAAAAUAUUAGAUGACAAUAAAAACGUAGAUGCUAAAACUUUUAAAUUAAGCUAUGAAAAUCAAUUCUGUAAUAAUUAUAAAAAAAUAGAUUAUGAUACAACAAAAAAUGAAAAGGAAGUUAAUGAAUAUGAUUUUAAAUAUGUAAAAAAUGAAGAUAAAUUUUUGGAUGUUUUACCUAAAAAAAAAGAAAAUUCUUCAAAAAAUUUUGUGUUAACAAAUAAUGAUGAAAAUAGUAAAGUAAAAUCAGAGUAUUAUGUUAAAUUUAUUUUAUACAAAGUUAAUAAAGAUACACAAGAAGCAAUUAGAGAAAUUAGCAAAGCUUCUGAAAUUCCAAUUAAAAAUUUUCAUUAUUCAGGUUUUAAAGAUAAAAGAAGUGUUUCUACUCAAAUAAUAUCAACAAAUUUUAGUUAUAUAAGAGAAAUUAAUAAUAUAAAAAAUUUAUAUUUAAACAAAAAAGCGAAAAAAUUAUUAAUUUGUAAUAUUGAAAAAUUAGAUAAAAAUAUAGAGUUAGGUGAACAUCGAGGAAAUAGUUUUAUAGUUGUUUUAAGAAAUGUUCAAAAUAAUGAAGAUUAUUUAAGAAAUAGAUUGGAUUAUAUUAAAAAAUAUGGAUUUAUUAAUUAUUUUGGUAUGCAACGAUUUGGUGUAUAUAAAAAUACAUUUAACAAAGGAAAAGCUCUGAUAUCUAGAAACUAUAAAGAAUAUAUAAAUUUUGUUUUAGACCCAAAUAUAUUUGAAAAAAAAUUUUUGAAUGGAAAUAUCAUUAAAGAUAGUAUAACUAUUUAUAUGAAAAAUGCAUGUAAUAUAUUCAAAAAAAAAAAUGCUACAUUUGCUUUUAGAUAUUUUACCCUUAAAAUGAAUAAAUUACUUAAAAAAAACUAUAUAUUGCAAAAUAAUGAAUUAAACAAACAAUUAUUUUCACAUAAAUAUUUUUAUUCAUAUAUGAAUAAUUCUGAAUAUGAAGCUUUUGUCCUGCUUCGAAAUUUAUAUAUAUAUGAAAAAAAUCAAAAUCAGGAAAAUAAAAAUAAUAUAAAUAAUAAAAAAAAUGGACAAUCGAUGAGAAACAUAAAUAUUAAAAAGGAUGAACACUUAGUGAAUAAAUUAAAUGAUGGAAAAUAUGAAAAGCAAAAAUAUUUUUAUAAAAAUGAAAAAAUCUGCGUUAAAGGGAUAAGUAUGGAAGUUAGACGAUUUCAUAUGCACUCUUACAGUGCAAAAAUAUUUAAUUUUUUAACUUCUUAUAGAUUAGAAAAUUUUGGAAUAAAAUUAGAAGAAAGUGAUUUUGUAUUUACAAAAGAAAUUCAAUCAGAAACAAAUGAAAAAAAAAAUCAACAUAAUUAUAUAACUAUAUAUGAUAAUAAAAUAAAUAAUUUAAAUAUAUAUAAUGUUGUUUUACCUGUUUUAGGAAGUAUGCCAUACAGAUUAUCAUAUUUAAAUGUUUUUAAAAAUCUUUAUAGGAAAUUUCGGGGUCAAAAAAUUCGCUUAGUUUUUUUAGAAAUAUUAUUAUAUUUAAUUUAUAUUUUAUAUGAAGACAAUUUGUUUAGAUUAAAUUGCAAUAUAUUUGAUAGUUUUGUUAAUGAUUUAAAACAAACAAAUAUAAAAAAAUCUAUUAAAUUUAAAUGUGAAGACAUCUUAAAUGAUGUUUUUCCAAUUAAAAAAAUUUUAUAUAUAAUAAAACAGUUUGAUAAAUAUAUAAAUUCUUUUGAAUAUGAAUAUGGAAUGACAUGUGUUUUUAGGAAUAUAGUUGUAAUUCCUAAGAAUUUUUAUUAUUGUUUUUAUGAAUAUAAUGAACCUAAAGCUAAAUUUAUUUCAGAUUUGUAUUCAACCAUUUUAAUAAAUAAAAUUUUAAAGAAAGAAGAAUGUAAAAGUUAUAAUGUAAACAAUCAAUGUAAUAAUAAUAAUUGUAAUGAAAAUAUUGACUGUUCUGAAAAUAUAGAGUUUGGAAACAAUACAAAAUAUAUGAAGAAUAAAAAUGACAAUAAAAAUACACAAAACAUUAUUCGAAUGAAAAGAAAUAAAAAUAUUUCUUUAAUAAAUAAGGAUGAAGAAAUAAAAAACAUAAAUUUUCAAAAAGACAGUAGUAAUAAUAGUAAACAAAAAAAAAAUAAAUAUAAAUUUAAUGCUCUCAUAUUAAAUUUUAACUUAAAUUCUUCAUCUUAUGCAACUAUGCUUAUAAGAGAAUUGUAUGGAAAGCAGAAUGAACUACUAGUUCAUAAUUUGAUUAAAAAUUGCAAAAGAUAUGAAAAAAAAAUAAAAGGAUUAAGAGAAUAA